GCUGUGUACCGCUGAUCCAACGGGCGGUGGGCCAAUGGAGCCACAGUUUAGAAGGCCGCGCUUCGUCCGUCGGCUCGGUCUCUUGGCUGGCGUGCUAGCGCUGUGCACCUAUGCAUGGCAGGCACCAGGACAGCAUUCGUCCGGUGAUGCCUUCGCAGCAGCGGAGGUUGCACAGCUGAGGAGCAGUUGCCGUGAUGCCUCUGCUGUGGCCAUGCAGGGUGGCAACCGUCGACAGAACCGCCGAAACCAUCCGAAAAAGUGUCACCCCAAAUUCCAAGAGGCUCGCUUCAAGAAGUGGACCUUGGAUACGCCUGCCUUCGUCCAGCGGCUGUUCUUUUGCCCUGAGGCAACCCUGGAGGAUUGGUCUCACACACUGAAGCUGAACUUCCCAGAGGGUGAGGACGACGUGGUGACGGAAGAGGAGGUCAUGGAGUAUUUCACCACUGAUGAGUACAAACCAGAGGCAAUCAUUGUCGGUCAUCAGAUGCCGCAUGAAGAAGUCAAGCACACCUACGUGCACUUCAGCUGCAACGCACAUGCGAAGAAAGCUCGAAAGGAGAAGGAUGGGGGUGCCAUUGGCAAGGCCUCUGAAGUGAAGCUGGUCUACACGGAUGAGAAGAAGUGGAUUCGGCUGCGCGAUGGUGUGAGCCUGGCGGGCGGCUUCUGGGGGCAACGUGCGCGGUGGAUGAAGGCGUAUGGCACUGAAGCCUACAAGGGCUUUAGGGGUCAUGAGGAAGCUGUGCCCACUGGGGUGCGCAACCACUGGUACUAUCCGGAGGAUUGAGGUCUUCCGGUGAACGUUCUCGCGGUCUGAAGCUGCUGCAAAAGUCGAGUGAUCCAAAAUGCGAUUCAAAAGAGCAGAAGUUCUCGCGGCUUGUACUUGGUGAACGCAGUCAUGUUUCC